AUGGGCAGUCACCAAAACCAAGUUGACCAUAUCAAGUUAAAGCUCAGACCAGCAUUAUCCGCUAUUCUGCUGCGACAGACGCGGAAGUAUCUUCUUCCAUGGACUGCUCGCUUUGUAGUGACUUUGAUCUUUGCGAAAGCUGCUUCUACAAGGGGCGAGUCCCGCAAUGGAGAUCACAUACUGUUGAAUAUACCAUCGGCUCUAGACUGCGUUGCAAACCCCCGGAUCGUCAAUGACUGUCGGUUAUUACAACUUGGAGUGGUUGGAAAUAUUUCCUGCGGCGAAUGUCGUCAAAUAAUCACUCAAGGAGAAUUUUACCGCAAGUCGCCCCCUCCCCCUUCGUCAGGUCUACCUUGGCCCUUUGGAUAA